CACCUUAUCCAGUUGAAGCUAGAGCUGCUGCUGUGGUUCACGGUUCCUGGCCGGUGCUUGCGGCGAUCGAGCGGUUUCAGUUCCAGGCUUCUUCACUCUUGAUCCAGAGGUGAUAUGGGGGCUGGAGCGAGCGCCGAGGAGAAACACUCCAGGGAGCUGGAGAAGAAGCUCAAGGAGGACGCCGACAAAGAUGCCAGGACCGUCAAGCUGCUGCUACUGGGUGCUGGAGAGUCAGGAAAAAGCACCAUUGUCAAACAGAUGAAAAUUAUCCACAAAGAUGGUUACUCCCUAGAAGAGUGCUUGGAGUUCAUUACCAUCAUCUACAGCAACACCCUGCAGUCUAUUAUGGCCAUCGUGAAGGCCAUGACUACUCUCAACAUCGGCUACGGAGACGCCGCCCAACAGGAUAAUGCCAGAAAGCUGAUGCACUUGGCGGAUACUAUUGAGGAGGGAACGAUGCCAAAAGAGCUGUCUGACAUCAUCAUCCAGCUUUGGAAAGACACUGGUAUCCAGGCGUGCUUCGACAGAGCCUCAGAAUACCAGCUCAAUGACUCCGCCGGAUAUUACCUGAAUGACCUGGAGAGGCUGGUGAAGCCUGGCUAUGUGCCCACUGAACAGGAUGUGCUGCGAUCCCGAGUGAAGACGACUGGUAUCAUCGAGACCCAGUUCUCCUUCAAGGAUCUCAACUUCAGGAUGUUUGAUGUGGGAGGACAGCGCUCAGAGAGGAAGAAGUGGAUCCACUGCUUUGAAGGCGUCACCUGUAUCAUCUUCAUCGCUGCUCUGAGCGCCUACGACAUGGUGCUGGUGGAGGACGAUGAAGUGAACCGAAUGCACGAGAGUCUCCACCUGUUCAACAGUAUCUGCAACCACCGCUACUUCGCCACCACCUCCAUCGUACUCUUCCUCAACAAGAAAGACGUCUUCGUCGAGAAGAUCAAGAAGGCCCACCUGAGCAUGUGCUUCCCUGACUAUGAUGGCCCAAACACCUUCGAGGACGCAGGUAACUACAUCAAGGUGCAGUUCCUGGACCUGAACCUGCGACGAGACAUCAAGGAAAUCUACUCACACAUGACCUGCGCCACGGACACAGAGAACGUCAAGUUCGUGUUCGAUGCCGUGACAGACAUUAUCAUCAAAGAAAACCUCAAGGACUGCGGUCUCUUCUAAACGCGUCCUCCAAUCAGAAGAGGCUUGGAGCAACACAUCAGUCAAAUCAAUAUAAAAUCUCUGAUUCCCUCUACCAAAUUCCUUAUUUCUCCAAGAUAUAGAAGAAAGGUUUAUCAAUAACACACACACACACACACAUAUAUAUACAGUUAUGUACACACAACUUGUAAAAUAAAAUAAAUAAUGUAAAAAAGGAAGAAAAAUGAAAUAUUAUAUAUGAAAUAUGAGGGUACAGACAUCAUGAGGAUGCAUCCAUCUAAGCAGGACUGUAUUUUUUUUUGAAGAGGAACAGACCUAAACUGUUGAUAUUGGUAAUCAAACCAAUCGUUAUCUUGACCAAACACUAGACGCUGCACAGUAAAACGUGCCCAGUAGUGUAAAACAGUGGUGGAAUGUAGUGAUAGCAGCAUUUCAGCUGCUGUAAAGGCAGUCAGGGUCUGUUGGAGUUGUAGUUUCUCCAGGUUAAACAGCAGUUCGGACUACGUGGGUAGGUGUUUGGCUAUUGUAGCUUCUCGCAGUGGUCUAAACCCUUAGGCACGAGAUAUAGCUGCUCAGAAACAUGGCCAGCCUUCGAAAAACCCACCUGCAUCAUGCACUUCAGCAAAUAUAAAGCAAGUCUACUGUAUGUCAAACAGUGAGAGCUACAGGGGUUGGAGAAUGAAACUGAAACACCUGGUUUUAGAGCACAAUAAUUGAUUGUGGUGACGGACAGUUCUGGUGGAAACAGGAGAGUUGAGGUGCACAUUGAAUUCUGCGUGAUUUGAUCAGCCGUGGUUUUAUGUUUUUUGGAUACAAUCCGGGUUAGCACCCGAACAUCCCUUUCAGACAGCUUCCUGUUACAGCGUCCACAGUUAAUCCUGUUGGAUGUGGUUGGUCCUUCUUGGUGGUAUGCUGACAUUACCCUGGAUACCGUGGCUCUUGAUGCAUCACAAAGACUUGCUGUCUUGGUCACAGAUGCUCCAGCAAGACGUGCACCAACAAUUUGUCCUCUUUUGAACUCUGGUAUGUCUCCCAUAAUGUUGUGUGCAUUGUAAUAUUUAGAUUAGAACUGUGCUCUUACCCUGCUAAUUGAACUUUUGCACUAUUUAUGCUCUUACUGGUGCAAUAAUGUGUAAUUAAUGAAGAUUGAACACCAGGCUGCUCCAAUUUAGCCAUGAAACCUAAAAUCCCUCACUAAAAUGAGACAGGUGUUUCAGUUUCAUUGUCCAACCCCUGUACAUAUCAGGACAUAUGGCGUAGCGUGUACAGACUACGUAGUUCAUACGUACUUCAUAUAUCGCAGAAAAGAUCAGUCAAUAAAGCUGUGUGAUUGAUUUUUUCCUGAUGUUAAAUACAGUGAGUUACUCCAAUUUAAUAUCCACUGAUCAAAAUCUCUCAUUAAGACUUUAUAUUUAUAAUAAAUGCAUACACACACAAAAUAUUACAUCCUGAAGCUGCUUUGCUCACAGAGAGCUCUUCCAGAGUAUGACACUGUAGAAAGGCUGAGUGUGAUAAAACAGAACAAUAUAUAUAUAUAUAAAUAUAUGUUUAAACAAUAUGUAAUGUAAAAUCCAGGGUACCCAAUAUGGCUUGAACAUCAAUUCAUUGCAAUUUGUAAUAAAACAUACAUUUUUGACUCUAUCAUGUGAUUGUACGAAUGAACCAAUAAAGCUUCUGUAGAUAUAUGUGA